AAUUUGCAAAAGUAAUUAGUCAAAAGUGACCGCUUAGCCCGUCAGCAUCGUCAUGAAGAAGUUGUGUUUUCUCCUUUUGAUGGCACAUUAUGCCGUGUCAAUACAGACAAAUAUCAAAAGUGGAAAUUUGAACGCCAUUCUUGAUAGAGAUGAAUGGAGGAAAAUGGCCAUGGAAUACAUAAAUAAUCACAAGCCAUAUGUUGUAAAGAAGUACGAGCCAUACAAGCCUGGAAAACGAAAUUUAACCCAAGAAUGGGAAACAACAACGAUUCAAGCAGUCAUUGAACCGACUACAGUUGAGCCAGAAUUAUCUACGAGCCAGUUUACUGAGGAUAUUUCGACAACAACAAGCAAUUACUUCAAUGUGGAUGGUACCACAGAGGAAACAAAUGAACAAACUACAACUACAGAAAUGGAAUCCUCAGCAGAUACCACAAAACUUAGUCCUACCAGUACAGAAGUUCCGGAAUCAACUACCGCGAGUACAGAACUGUCGGAAUCAACUACAAGCAUAGCCGAGACGACAACCACAAGCAGCAGUGACUGGGAAACAUCUCCCAUCAUAGACACCACUACCGUAUCCUUCAGGGAACAGACAACCUGGGAGGAAGGCGAAACUAAAACAGAGGAAUCUUCAACCACAACAGAAUGGCCAGUAACCAGCACUACAGGAUCCUGGGAAGCAUCAGAUACGACAACAGAUUCAGUUGUGACGACAGAGAGUCCAGAAACGUCUACUUUAGUGUUGGAAAUUAUUGCCACAACUGAAGGCAUUGACACAACAACUUAUUUGGAUACUCUAAUAUUCAAUCACCAAGCGGAGGACGUCCUCAACAGCACAACUACAGAAGUUUCCAACAUUGAGACGAGCACAAUCGGAUCGGAGGAAACCACAACCGAAGCUGUUACAACCACUGCACCCAGGAGUGCGAACCUUGUUGACGAUUUUGUGCAGUCAAAGCCAAGAAAUUUCCGAUACUCUUCAGACACAAGACCUGAACCAUAUUGGCUGUGAAAAGGAAAAUAAAUGUAUAUAAAUUAAACAAUUUGAACAUA